AUGGCACCAACACGCGCUGAGAAAGGUAAAGGGGCAACGGGAGGGGCAGGGGCACGUGGUGGAGAAGGAGAAGGAGGAGGAGGCGGGACAGGAAGACUGGGAAGAGCUGCCACUGGCAAGAAGCGUAAGGCCGAUGAAACAGAAACCGGAUCCGAGCCGACACCAAAGAAGCCCAGGCGGCCAAGAAGGAAAUUACAGAAUUCUGCAGCAACUGUCACCAAUUCUGAUGAUGAAGACGAUAUGGUGCAGCCCGCCGCUACAGCCUCGAAGUCAAAAAAACGCAAGGACGCCCCGAAGAACUCGAAUGCCGAUGCCAAUGAGUCUACCAGAAAGAAAGCAAGGAAGACUGCUGACACGACUGCCGCGACUCCCAACGAUGAUUUGCAACAGCAGGAACAGGAAGAGCAGUCGGCAGGUAAGAAGUCGAAACAACCACCUCAGGACAUCAGGAGGCACAACGUCGAGUGGCAAGGCUACCGACCAGGAGAGAUCGAGUAUCGCACCGCAGAUGGGCCCAGGUAUGUGGGCUGGUUGGUGGAGUAUGUCGAUCAGCGGAACGCCAGCAAGAUCUUUUACAACGGUGCAGACUUCUUAGAAGGAGGACCUUUCGCCUUCUUGCACCCCAGGUACCUUGCGCCUAUCACACUCGCGGGAUUCAGGGCUGGGAACCACGUUUUCGACAAUGUUCACCAAGCAUUUCUGUAUUGCAACGCUAUCAUGCAAGCCGUUGCUCCAGAAAAACAUUCCACGCUGUGCGAGGUCAAUGGAGAUGCGGUAAGCUCGAAGUCUUUGCCAGGCAUCCUCAUGUCUCUCACAGUCGUCCGCAAAAAAGAGGACGUCAAUGCUGCGCACAAGGUGACGAAAGCCACAUACGAAGAUGUUGCGAACAGCUUCCGAGAGCUGUCCAUCCAGGACCCAACGUGGGCCAAACAAGUACAGGUCAUGUGGGCUGAUGACAUCAAACGGGCAUGUCUCAAGCACCUCACGCGCUUGAAAUAUGACCAAAAUCCGGUUCUGCGUCUUGCACUGAUGAUGAUGGGGAAGUGCCCGUUGUUCUUCGCGGCAAAAGAUAAAGGCCGUGGCGUUGGGAUGAUGGCACACCAGGUGCCACUCCGCAAAAGCAAGACGAGGCCCUUCGAUGGCCAGAAUUUGGAGGGGAUCAUUACGCAGGAGGUCCGAGAAGACAUUCGGCGGGACGAUGAGGCGAAGGCUGGUAAGGUGGUGUGGCCAGACAAACCCUGCCUGCAGUUCUUCCGCCUUGGAGAGAGAAGACAUCAGGCCAAGCAGGCGACCAAGCUUGAGCCCAAGGCGGAAGCAGACAUUGCAUCGGCGCAGCUCAAACACCGCGACGAAUGGAUCGCUUCUUCCGAGCAUACCAAGGGAUGGCUGAACUACCUGAUGUUGGCUGAAAGAAAACGCAAAGCAGAUUUAGCGAAUUGA